ACCAGCCAUCAAAAGUGAGUGCGCGAGAGUGAAAGAACCUUUGCUUGCUGCAGUCCCUAAUCCCGUCCCGAAGCCAGAGCCAGACGUCGUGUCGAGAGAAAGGGGAAAGUGUCGCGCAGACCAACACUCGAAAAAAAAGGAAGCGAAGCGGCCGCGAACGGUGUGGAAUUUUGACAGAUUUUUCCGUGUUUGUAAACAGUUUGAAAAUUGGACUUUGAGGACAGCACUUCCGGCUCCCCCGGGGGAAGCUAGUUUUACGCGAAAUAUUCGAUGCGAGUGUCGCAAGAAGCCAGCCAUCAGUGUUCAGAAAAGUUAGCCGUCGCGGUGGUGGAGGUGCAGCUAGAGGAAGCGUAGUGCAGGCAUCGACGAAUUGGUUGGUCUGGGAAAAUAGUGAACGCAACUCACUUAGAUGUGAAGUUUUUUUUUAUUAUUUCGUGUGUUUCUUGUGUCUUGAGGAGUUGGCUCUUGGCAUCGCUUUCUCGAGUCGAGACGGGCCAACAAAGCGAGCGCAGUGUGUAAUUUGGAACCUUGAAAGCCUCGCGUUUUGUGUGUUCCUUCUCACGUCUCUUCUUCGUUGUCGCGGUUGUUGUCAUAUUCCACCGAGGCGACGAGAAGACAUUGGGGUUGGCGAUUUGAGUGUCCCGCGACCUACGCCCGACGGGCCAGAACUCCGAGACGCGGUAGUUAGUGAAAUAGGGCAUUGCCCGUCGUUCCACCACCCGGGCACUUUGAAUGGGUUAAUGACGACGACGGAGACGACUGCCGUUCCGGGGAACUAGAAAGAGUACCGUGGGACCGAUACGGAAAAAUAGAGAAUAAAGUUCGGCAAAGUAGGAGGCCGGAAACCAUCACGCAAAUAUGGAACAACUGCAGAUCCAAGCAACGGAGCUGCCGAUGUGUCGGCUUUGUUUCAUGCAGGGCGUCGAGCUGUACGAGAUCUUCCCGGGCGCCGCCAAUGACAACGAAUCUCUGCUCAUCAAGAUUAUGGACUGCGUUACCGUGGCUAUAACGUUUGAUGAUGACUACAACUCAUACAUCUGUGGCAAGUGUGUCACCAUGAUCGAGGAGUUCUAUGAAUAUAAGGAAAAAUGCAAGGAAAAUGACGCACUUCUGCGCGAGAAGCGGAAAUCAGUCGACCAGACCGCCAUCUAUAACGUGGUCAACAUGCAACCCGAGGAGGAGGUCGUCAACGCCAACGGUAGCAACGGAACCGUCCAGGAAUUGGGCCUCGACGACCAGCAGAUGGGUCUCGAGCAGCGUAUCAGUAUAGAGGGCGGCGCCCCACUCAACGGAAACAUUAUCGAGUUCAAGAAGCAGCUGUUCACCGCUUCCCCGGAACAGCUCGGAAUUUGGAUCUGCGUCGCUUCCGGCAGUGACAUCCAGUGUCCUGCGAUGAUCCAGGUCGACGAAAACGUUCAGGUCGUAGCGGAAAUUGGACAACACAACCACGGACUUCCAGUAUCGGUAACGGAUAAUCCUCCCCAAGAAAAGCAACAGCUGGCACCACCACAGCCUCAGCCGCAGGUCCAACAUCAGCAGCCACAACAGUCCCAGCAAGCGCCUCAACCACCACAGCAGCAAACCAUCGUAACGGGAACGCCGAAGGUUUCCGGUGUCGCAAGUACCAGCACCCCGGUGGCCCCUACGACCAGCGCCAGUAAGAAACGCAAGUCGAAGGAUCAACCCAGCAAGAGGAAAAUUUCCAACGACAUUCUGGUGGGCGACGGUUGGUUGGUCGACGUCGAAAGCCAACAGCGUCAUCACUACCAGCUGGUCACCAAGGAUGGCUACCAGACGUUCCUCAUCUUCAAUGGGUAUCGCUUCCGGACCCAGCAGAAGAUCCGCAACGGUAUUGCCUCGUGGAAGUGCGCAUGGAACGGGCGCAAGGGAUGCCAGGCAGUGCUGCACAUUACCGAGGACUAUCAGAAGGUGAAAGAGGUGGGCAAUCCGCACAACCACGAACCGUCGUUGCGUGAUCGUAUGAUUUGCGGCGCCAAACCGACCAAUGGCAGUGAUGCCAUCAUGAUGACUUCCGAUGGGGAGGAAAGUUUGCAUGCUGGAGCUGAGUUGCAACAGAUUACCAUUGCUGCGGCCGUUGGAGGACACGGAGCCACCAGUAGCAGCAGCAACAGUUCGACCCUGGGCAAUGCCGUCACGGCCACGGUAACGGGCGGAGGUGGGCCCAGUUCGACCGUUGUGACCAGCAAUGCCGUAGCGAAUCUCGAUGUGGUCACUACGUCGUCGGCGGUGGUCGGUGGCCACAACUCGUCGCUGGAGCACCUGUCCACGUCGGAGAUUGUCGACUUUGUUCAGCAGAGCAGCAGCGGAAGCGACCAGCUGGUGACAACGAUAGUGGACACCGAUUCGCACCACGGCGCCGUUGUAGGAGGCGUUGGGUCCGUUGUCAGCGUGGUGGACGACGACGUCGGUAAGGACGACACUGGCAUGUCGAUGGACAUAGAGGAAAUUAUUCGUCCCCACGUGGUUCUGCAUUCGGCUAACGAUUAACUUAAUUCGCGACGGAAGAAACACACAUAUUUACGGAAAACAAGUAACAUUAUACCUAACUAGUAAUUACACAACAAGAAUGACACGAAUCAGAACAGUGCGGAUAUUCUCAACAACAACACCCUAAAAUACCUAUAUAUUUUUAAA